UUCCCCAUCUAUAUAAUUCCUCAUUUCCCUGCAUCCCGUCUUCAACAUAUCAUAGCUUUCAACUCCAUCCCCUAUGGCUUCUACUAUUCUUCCCUCUACUAUUUUCGUUUUCUUUACCUUUCUACUGGCCACUGAAAUAGUUUAUUCCCAAUCGUUCAUCGGAAUAAACUACGGUCAAGUCGCCGAUAACCUUCCGCCGCCGUCAGCGACGGCGAAGCUACUUCAAUCCACUUCAAUCGAGAAAGUUCGACUCUACGGCGCUGAUCCGGCUAUCAUCAAAGCCCUAGCAAAUACAGGCAUCGGAAUUGUAAUUGGUGCUGCAAACGGUGACAUACCAGCCCUAGCGGCCGACCCGAAUUUCGCGAAAAAUUGGGUUAACGCCAAUGUAGCUCCCUUCCAUCCGGCGAGUAAAAUCAUUCUCAUCACGGUCGGAAACGAGGUGAUAACCUCCAACCAAGACAAUCUAAUGAACCAACUGGUGCCGGCGAUUCAGAAUAUUCAAAACGCGCUCAACUCGAUGUCUCUAGGGGAUAUUAAGGUUUCCACUGUCCAUUCCAUGGCGGUACUUCGACAAUCGGAGCCGCCAUCGUCGGGGAUGUUCCACCCGAACUAUAUGACCGUGUUGAAGGAGCUAUUGGAGUUCAACAAUGCCACUGGAUCGCCAUUCACGAUUAACCCAUACCCGUACUUCGCCUAUCGGAGCGAUCCACGGCCGGAGACUUUGGCCUUCUGUCUUUUUCAGCCCAACGCCGGCCGGCUCGACACGAACACCAAUAUCAAGUACAUGAACAUGUUCGACGCACAGGUGGACGCCAUAAGAUCUGCAUUGAACUCCAUGGGGUUCAAGAAUGUAGAGAUUGUGGUGGCUGAGACGGGGUGGCCGUACAAAGGAGACAACGACGAGGUUGGUUCAAGUCUUGAGAAUGCUAAGGCAUUCAACGGUAAUCUGAUUGCACACCUUCGUUCCAUGGUCGGUACGCCAUUGAUGCCGGGAAAAUCAGUUGAUACGUAUCUCUUUGCACUUUACGACGAAGAUUUGAAGCCUGGCCCUGGUUCUGAAAGAGCUUUCGGAUUGUUCAAGCCUGAUCUUACAAUGGCCUACGACGUUGGUCUUUCCAAAAAUGGCCAGAGCACUCCAACUAGUCCUAAAACAACACCAGUGACGACUCCGUCGUCCCCAGCGAACAACCCAUCAACCAAAUCACCAACAAGUCCAAAGCCGAAGGCAGGAGGAGGCUCAUGGUGCUUGCCAAAGGGUGGCGUAUCAGACGCCCAGCUUCAAGCCAAUUUAGACUAUGCCUGUGGAAGAGGGCUCGAUUGCAGCGCGAUUCAACCUGGUGGAGCAUGUUUUGAGCCAAACACCAUAGCCUCACACGCCGCCUACGCCAUGAACCUCUUCUUCCAAAACGGCGGCCGUGAUCCAUGGACCUGUGACUUCUCACAAUCUGCCACACUUUCCUCUAACAACCCAAGCUACAAUGGGUGCAAUUAUCCUGGUGGGAGCACGUGAUGAGAUUAGAAUGCAGUUGGAUAAUUGGAUGUGUAAAUUUAUGGAAAAGAGAGGCUUCCAAUCUUUAGCAAGAUGAAGAUCCAUUUUCCAAUUUCCAAACUCCAUUAACAUAUGUAUAUUUUCUCAUGCGUUUUUCUAUUUUUAUUUUUUAAAUACAUAUAUUAUCGUUUUCCAUGUGAAGACAUGUUAAAUUAGUGUUUUUUUAAUAGAAAUGCUUGUUCUUAAUUGUUAAUUAAAAGAAUAUUUGCAAAAAAAGCAUGCAUACUCAAAAGUAAUUGUAAAAGUAGAGUUUUUAUUUUGUGCCAUUGUUAGUUUGGGAAGACUUUAUUUUAAGGAAUUUAAUCAUAAAAAAAAGACUGUUUACAUCA